AUGGGUCGAUGCGCAGCAGCUGAAACAGACAACUACUCUCAGUUGGUGGUGCUAUAUCGCGCAGUGGAAUCUGCUGGACUACCAGGCAAUCGUACUACCCGUCACGAGCGUCCAGACGGCAUCGAUGUGCUGGAUACUUUGUACGAGCCCAUCAACGGACUAGAUCGGGAAAAUCAUGACAUGUACGAACCAAGUGUGUUCGAGGAUGCGCCUGUGGGGGUGCAGCUGGUUGGGCGCAGCAUGCAAGAGGAGCAGCUGCUCGCUGUUGUGAUGGCGUUUGACAAGGUGGUGAAAGCAUGA